UGUUUCCACCCGGACUGCCCUUUGGCUGGAACCACUCAGUGCUCUGUACGCCUGAAAGUGGAAACCCAUUUUUUAUUUUCCUCUACUUAAAUUACAUUUAUGAACUAUGUCUACUUUUCCAUAUUCAGUGACUUUAACCUCCAAGCGGCUGUUGCGCUGUAAGCGUCCCGUGAAAUGCGCCACUUCACGUUUUGACGCUAACGUUUUGCGCUGUGUUUCGUCGGCGGAGCUGUCCUCUGUAAACAACGGGAGCGUCUCCAGACGUUACACGCGUUAUGCCAGGAAAGAACCGGUCCGGAUCGGCUGUGCCUCUGGGUUCUGGGGGGACACGGCGACCUCUGUGCCUCAGCUGAUCCACAGCGGGAGGCUCGACUUCCUGGUGUUUGACUUCCUCAGCGAGAUCACGAUGUCUCUGCUCACAGCAGCCAAAGCCAAAGCGCCCAACCUGGGAUACGCUCCAGACUUUGUGCACGUUGCUCUGGCUCCGUUCAUCAACGACAUCCACAGAAAAGGCAUCCGUGUUGUGAGUAACGCAGGAGGCGUGAAUCCUCUGGCGUGCGCUGAGGCCGUGCAGGAAGUCAUCAGAAAGGCGGGUCUGGACCUCAGGGUUGCUGUGGUGACCGGCGAUGACCUCAUGCCACACAGAAGCAGCCUGUCUGAGGUGAGGGCGGAGGACGGCGGCAGGCGGCAGCUGCCGCACGGCCUUCACAGUAUGAACGCCUACCUGGGGGCCGGGCCCAUUCGUCGCUGUCUGGACCUCGGGGCAGAUAUCGUGGUAACGGGUCGAUGUGUGGACAGCGCGGUGGCGCUGGCGCCGCUCAUGCACAGUUUUGGAUGGGGGACGGACGAGUACGACCUCCUGGCGUGUGGGAGUCUCGCCGGUCACCUCAUCGAGUGUGGAGCUCAGAGCACUGGUGGGAUCUUCACCGACUGGCACAAAGUUCCUGACUGGGACAACAUGGGCUUCCCGGUGGUGGAGUGCUGCAGUGACGGCUCCUUCGUUCUGUCCAAACCGCCCAGAACCGGCGGCCUGGUCUCCUUCGGCUCGGUGGCCGAGCAGCUGGUGUACGAGAUCGGGGACCCGCGGCGCUACCUGCUGCCUGACGUCACGUGUGACUUCAGCCAGGUGGUCAUCAGGGAGAUACCAGGUGCCGCUCACACACUCGCACGGAGGCCGUGACCACUGGCUGAACCGUGCUGUUUUCACAACCCUAAACAGUCCUCUGGGAGCUUCACACAAGGCUCGCUUUGACCCGGACUCAACCCUUCAACCACAGCUGAACUUCCAAUAAGCUCUUUAUCUCUCAUAAACCCAAACAUGUCUCCAUCAACUGGGCUUGAACCCGUCUAGAGCCGAGCUGCAGCAUCUAGAACCUCCCCCGGGUCCUGAACUCCUUCUGAUAAACCAUGUUUUCCUUCCUUUUGGUAAUUGAUCCAAUGCAUUUAGUUCCAUUGAUGAUGUUUCUAAACCGUGUAUGAGGUCAGCCCUCAACAGAACAUGAUACAACUCACGCAGCUCCUCUGUUCCCAGUGUGACUCAGUGCUCUAUCAUCAUCUAUCUCAGUCUGCAGCCGGUUGAAAACAGCGUUUACAUAUUUUGCACCAACCAUGUUUGGUCCUCCUCAGACUCACGGCGUAUAAUUACUGAUUAUAUAAUCAGGAAUCAAACCCAGCACACGUAGAAGCACACACUCCUUUGACUG